AUGUUCACGAAACAGACUCUCGCCGCCGUCGUUGGCGCCCUGUCGCUGGCGUCUGCCAGCACCAUCCCCGCCUCGGCGUCGAUGCCCAGUUUGGCGGAGAUUGAGAAGGCUGCCGCUACCGCGUUGCCCUACUCUCCCGUUUCCAACGUGAAGGGUCUGGCCUUUGAUCGUUUCCACCAGAUCUGGUUCGAGAACCAGGUGAGAAAAAAAAAGGACUAUAAAACCGCUGCUGCAGACAAGAACUUCGAGAAGAUUGCGAAGGAGGGUAUCCUUCUGACCAACUACUUUGCUACCACCCAUCCUUCGCAGCCCAACUACGUUGCCUCUGCUAGUGGUGACAACUUUGGUAUGGACAAUGACAACUUUGUCCAAAUCCCAGCCAAUGUGUCUACCAUUGCCGAUCUGUUCGAUACCAAGAAGAUUGCGUGGGGCCAGUACCAGCAGGCUCUUCCUUACGCCGGUUACCAGGGUUACAACUUCUCCAACCAGGUGACGUACAAGAACAACUACAUGCGCAAGCACGACCCUCUCAUGAUUUUCGAGUCGGUCACGAACGAUGCCGUCCGUCCUCGUCAGAUCAAGAACUUCACUUCAUUCUACGAUGACCUGAAGCACGAGCGCCUGCCCCAGUACUCCUUCAUUACUCCUAACAUGACCAACGAUUGCCACGACACCGACAUCACCGCCGGUGGUGAUUUCCUCGUCGACUUCCUUCCCCCUCUCCUGGAAAACGAGUACUUCACCAAGGACACUCUUGUCCUAGUUACAUUCGACGAGACCGGCAACUACACCGAGCCCAACCGUGUGUUCAGCAUUCUCCUCGGUGGCGCUAUCCCCGAACACCUGAAGGGAACCACCGACGAUACUUUCUACACCCACUACUCCAUCAUUGCCUCCCUUAGCGCCAACUGGGGUCUGCCCUCCCUCGGCCGCUGGGAUUGUGGUGCUAACAUCCUGAGCCUCGUUGCCGAGAAGACCGGAUUCGUCAACUGGGAGGUCGAUCUUACUGCUGUUCCCAACCUGCUCAACGAGACCUACCCCGGUCCUUUGUCUGCUAACGACUACUCCGAUUACGAGCCUUUCUGGCCUAUUCCUGCCACCCAGGAGCAGUGUAAUGCUGGUCACGGCGUUGUUGACAUUGUCAAGGAGACCUAUGAUCGCCGCAUGCCUUCUUAUAACUACAUCAGCCCCGUUCCCUACGAUAUUCGCAGUGGAUACAACACUGGUAUUAAGUACUGGCGUACUAAGGACGGCAAGAAGGAGACUGGUAUUACCAACUAG